UUCUUUUUUUUUAUUAUUAUUAUUAUGUCCAUUAGAAAGAAGCAACCUAUCGAGUCUGAAUCGGAAGAAGAAGACUAUGGCUACGACUAUGAUAGUCAAGAAGAACAAGUAAAGUUGAUCAAGUCUUUUUUCUUUAAAAAAAAACAACCAUUAUUCAUUUAUUUUAGGAAGAUCCAUCCGAAGAAGAUCUUGAUGCAUCAGAACAAGAGGAUCUCGAGGAAUCAGAACUCGAAGAUGAAGAAGAAGACAAAGCAGCUCAAAUGGCAAAAAUCAAACGAGAUCUUGCUCAUGUCUCAUUUGAACAGUUGACUGAAAUCAAGGGCAAAAUGGAGCCUAACCAUGAAAAGAAAAAGAUAUCCAAAGCUCAAAUUCUUCAAGAUCUGAAGGGUGCAGCUAGUAAAAUAAAGAAACCUAAAUCUAAAUUAUCAAAAGAAGAAAUGAAGCGUGAAAAUAAGCAUAGACCUAUGGAAAUAUCAUCAAAGCGUGCUGUGGGUCGCUUUAGAGAAGUAGUGCCAAUCCAAGCAGAGAAACGACGUGAUCCUCGUUUUGAUAAAUUAUCAGGUCAAUUAAAUCAGGAUUUAUUUGAAAAAUCCUAUGGUUUCUUGAAUGAUUAUAAAAAAUCAGAAAUGGACAUGUUAAAACAACGUUUAAAGAAAGAAAAGGAUCCUGAAGAGCAAGAAAAACUAAAGGCAUUGCUGACUAAAAUGGUUUCGAAAGAAAAACAAGAACAAGAAAAGAAAAGAAAACAAGCCUUGUUGCGUGAAAGAAAGAAGCAGGAAGCAGAAUUGGUCAAACAAGGCAAGACGCCUUAUUUCCUUAAGCGAUCUGAAAAACGCAAAUUGGACCUCAUGGAUAGAUACGAGAAAUUGGGUGCUAAAAGCGUGGAUCGUAUUCUUGAGAAACGCCGUAAGAAGAACCAAGCCAAAGACAGAAAGCAUUUGCCGUUCAAGCGGAGAUCAGCAGACUAACAAUGUAUUUGGUUUAUUGUUAGAGACAAAGAAGCAUCAAACCUCAUUCAAUUUGAAUGGAUAUCUUGUGAAUAAAGAGAAAUACUUUAGUUAUUUUAGUAUGAUAUUCAAUCGACG